UACAUCGAGUCGUAUCACAUAAUACGUACAAUACGCUUAUCAAUAUCGACCGACUUUGUACACUGGUGCUUUAUCAAUUAUCGUUGUCAAUUAUUAUUAUUAUUAUUUUAUAAAUUACAUGUUUGUGCGUUUAAAUCGACUGUAACAUUAAAUGUAUUUACGCGGCUUACAGAAGUAUAUUUUUCACACUGCGUAAUCGUUUUUGAUGACCGCUGUUCGUCCGUCGGUCAGAUUGCGGCUUCAUCGUCGAACAGUUGAGCUGGUCUAGUCGAGGAUGGUCCGACGACGCUCGACGAAUGUGGGCAUUAUUGCGGCGGUGUCGACGGCACGAACCGUUUUAACGAACCGCCUGGCAUAAAUCAAUCGGGACCCCAAUAGGUACCUGGACGAGAGUCAAAUUGUUUUGGGCCUCGACUGGCUGAACAGUAUAAUUGCACGCUCUACGCAAACGCGUCCAAGGAGGCGGCAUUCAACGAUUCGCAGAUGACAUGCAGUUUCAAAACAACACAAAAUAACCAAUGGAUUUCAUUAAACGGGCAUCAUUAUUGUUCGUAUUGUCGGUAUUACUCGUCAAGCAAUCAACACAAGUCAAUUCUCCUGAUGGAUAUUGUGCUCAGUACAAUGGGAAGAUAUGUAGAAAAUAUUUAAAUGCUUCAAUUCUUAUAUGGUUUAACAAUACUUUGAAAAAUGAAGGAAGUGAACAAAAUGAAAUUAUCACUACCGGGUUAUGGGAAGAAAUGUUACCAAGUUUUUCAAAAACAUGUAGACCAGCAGCUGAAAAACUUCUAUGUUUAUAUGCAUUUCCUCAUUGUCAACAAGAUAAAUCUUAUUUUCCACUUUGUUAUGAAGAUUGUAUAGCAGUACGAGAAUUGUUUUGUUAUAAAGAAUGGGCUUUGAUUGAAGCGAAUAAACAAAGGGGAAUUUUUUAUAAAUCCAAAGGACAUUUUUCUUUACCAAUUUGUGAGAACCUACCACAUAACUCACAGAAUGGUAAACCUGUAUGUUCACAUGCCAUGCUCACAGAAUUAAAACAAGAUGAAAUAACUAUUGAUUGCAUUCGUGGAAAUGGUCGUUUCUAUCAAGGAUAUAUUAAUGUUACCAAAUCAGGUUUGCCAUGCCAACGAUGGGAUUCAAAAGUUCCGCAUGAAUUUGUAAGACCACCAAUUAAUGUAUUUCCAGAAGUUCACAAAUUCUGA